CUCUUGGCGGAAUAAGAAUCUACCCGAAGUGGUUGCACGGUGGGUCACGUGAGCGUGCUCCACCAAUGUGGUGGCUGGAUUAUUGUCACGGUGGCAGCCGGUGUUACCGAGACGGAUAAAACACAUGAAAUCUAAUAAUUAAAUUGAAUUUCAGCGACCAACUUUGUUGUCGAGUACUCAGCAGCAGCAGGAGUAUGAUAGUAGUCCCAUAGAUUGAGAUCAGUUCUGCAACGUUCAGUUAUCAUUUUAAAUAAUCAACUCUUGAAUUGUGGAUUAAGAUCGAUUGUCUAGAUUCGGUCUAUAUGUAGACGUUGAAAUAACGCAUACAUUUAUACGUCUAAAUCACGUCUAAAAAUAGACCGAAUCCCGACGUUGAAAUGAAGUAUGAAUUUAGACUAGACGUCUAAUAUACGUCUUUUGCUCAGUGGGAUACACAAAUAUGAUUAAAAAAAAAACAUUCUAUUGUUGAAAUUAAGUGAAUAUAGUGUAAAAGUAGUAAAGUGUAAAAUAAGUGAUUGCGGAUGGAUUAAGAGUUUAGAGGAAUAAACUGCUUUUAGAUGGUGAGAAAAUUUCGGUUUGUUUGAAAUUAUGUAAUUAAUAACGCCCCGUGGGAGUGGUCACAGGGUUCAAAAGAGGGUCACCUGAAGUUAUCGUUCCAUUCGCCAGCAAACUGAGAGGAAGCAACACCUUCGUCCAGAGCACAGGUAAGGACUCAGUGGGUGAUCGUGACAUGAAGCCUCUUGAAUCAUUAUUUCCACGCAUUUGCUUCACUCUGGUCUGAAACUGCAUUUGCUCAACUGUGCCAUCGUGGACAAUAAAUGUAAAACAGGCAGAGUGAUUAUCAGAGACACCCCCUUUGGUGUGCGAAUCUCUGAAUUGAAUAAAUGAGUGAAUGGAUGUGACGCCAUGUGUUUGAGAUAUCGAUACAGAAAUUAUCAAGUUAUUGAUAUUUUGUCUGUCUUUAUGACACAGUAGCAGGGUGAAAAGGGGAACAGGACAUAAAUAGUAAUGGAGACAGUUGUGAUGUGAAUGUGCUUGUGUGUAACUCGGUUUGUGACUGUGCGUUUGUUACGGGGACAGCAUCGAACACGUUAAUAUUUCAUUCAUUUUCAUUAAAAAACAACUUUUCGACAAGUCUUCGGACUUGUUCUUCUUCGGACGCGUUUCGCUGCCCGUUAGAUUUUAAAUCACCCGCCAAAACCACGAGCCGGUUCCUGAAUCAAUCACGUGGUACGACCGGUGUUCUGCCGUAGAUUGCACCCCUGUCGUUAAAUGCACCCCCUGACGGAAGCGCGGUUGAAAGUACAGAACAAGGCGUAAUAAUCCAAGUUUUCCGUACCAUUGGAUGAAUUAAAAAGUGUAUGCCUUUAAUGAUUUUGUUCAGGUUGUUUAGAUAAACCGAAAACAACAGCCCUCUGAUUGGGAGUAUUUGCUGUUCUGAAAAUAAAAUGUUCUCUACCUUAACAGCUUACUGUACAGUUUAUAUACCCAAGUACACCUCUCUAUGUGCAUUUUUUAGACGCAUAAAAACAGAGGGAAAGUUUGCUGCUCCAUUUGACACGUUGUCAUGAUCUAAUACUCGUGUUUUGUUUUAAAUAUAAGAUCAUUUUCUCCCACUUUAAGAAGCUAAUGAGUGGAGGGGAUGCAUUCCACGGCAUAACACCGGCUCGCGAGGCUUCAAACGUUAUCACAUACGUCAUCAACUCAAGCUUCGAUACGCGCUUCGCCGAAAUUUACUCGAAAAAUUCGACUCAUAUGGUUGUUGUUUUUUUUUUUUUUUUUUUGUUUUUGUUUUUUUCCUUAAAUUGAGCCAAAAUGAUGCAAAGCUUUAAAAGCUUAAUGAUUGAUUUUUAUAUUGAUGAGUCUACAGGCAUAUACAAUCUCUACUGAGCUAGUGUUUGAACAAAAUGGUCUUAGGCACGCUUUCAUAUUUAAAAUGCUUUUAUUUUCAUGGGAUUAUCAUACAGGCCUGACGUGUUUAAGCAAUAACCAAGUUAAACACAAGACAUUUUACAGUAAAUUUCCACUCUGGCAUCACGUUGUAGCUUGCAGAGGGUGUGUGUGUGUGUGUACACUAAAUGUCCAGCAGAUGGCGUUAUUCAGGCCACUGGGCCUUAAAAUCCUCUGACAGCUACCCUAAACAUGAAUCCAUGACACCUAUAAAAACAGCUAAGUGUUUUUUUACUUUAAUAAAUAAGUUUGUUUUAAGGUUUACAUGAUGGUGCCAUGAAUAUAAUGUUCAGAACACUGCAUUUGGCCUUAUUCUUAUUUCUCGGACUGUAUUAAAAGAUGAUAAGAUCUCAAAGCCCAGUGUGAAAAAGCAAAACUGCUUAUUCAGAUCUGUCUUAGUGUACCCUGAGUCUGCAGUAGAAAGUGCUGUUGUUGGUGUGUACUAACUGUGCUUCUGUGUUUGUUUGGUUUUUUUCCAGCAUGUUCCUCAGACCCCAGCUGACUUCAUGUCCUCUCAGAUGACUCCACUCCACAUAGGCCAAAGGUGAGACUGAGACAGGGAUGCAACUUUAUAAGCCUAGAAAGAAAAUAAAGAUGUGGCUUGAAAAUGGUCUUUAAAUGGUCUGAUUUGGAGCAUGGCUGCCAACCAUCAUGCAAACAUGACCUGUUUAAAAUGACUGGUUACACUUUACAAUAACCAUAACUUAUCAAUGGUAAAUUGACCAUUUAUGAAUGGUAAGAAGAUAGUUUAUUAAUAUUUAAAUAAUUUAUAAAUAGCAUAUAGGCCAUAAAUAGUAAAUUUUACAUUUAUAUAAAAACCUUACCCCUAACCCUAACAUUACUAUAACCAUUUAAGUAAUGUUUAUAGGUGGUUUAUAAACCAAUUAUUAAUCAAUUAUUAUGGUUUAUAAUUAUUAAUAAUUAUAAACCAAUGUACAAAGUAUUUCAAACAUCAGUUACAACUUUACAAUAAACCAUCAAGUAAUGUUUAUAGAUGGUUUAAGAACCAAAUAUACUGACACACAUUUUAAUCUAGAUGUUUUAAAACCAAUAUUUAAACCCUAUAUAAACCUUUUAAUAAAUAGUCCAUUAAUAAUUAAUGAAAAUUAUCAAUCAUUGAAGUAACAAUUAACUUACAUUAAUGAACUAUCUAUUUGGCAUUUAUAACUGGUCUAUAGGCUGUUUUUAAAUGAUGAUUAAACUUUAAUUAUUUGCCAUUUAUAAAUUGUAGUUAUUGUAAAGUAUUUAAAAUAGGGCUGUGUGAAAGCUGAUUAUUGAAGGAGGUCAAAGAGGUCAAGGUUUUUAAUUCUAAGUCUUAUAUUCAGGACUUGAGGUUUGAUGGUUGUGUAUUUCUCUGUGUGUUAACCAGGAGCUGAAAUUACGCCGGCUCAAGACAAACUGAGGCAGAACUCAUGACCGUCCAACGCCUGGACCCUGUAAGGUAAGAUACUGACUACUUCACUCCACGGACAGACCAUCAACGAGGGACACUGGAGGUCAGUUUGCUUUUGGUUUGACAACAACCGCACCAUCAAAAACAAGAACCCCCACCAUGAACAAUCAAGCAGUGAAGUUGUUCUCUGCCCGAGUAGCAGGUUUUGGUCUAGUUAUGGUGAUGCAAUUGUGGAGAGAAAGUGUUCUCUUCUGGGGUUGCAGGUUUUGGUCUAGUUUUGUUCUGUUUUGGUGAUGCAAUUGUGGAGAGAAACUGUUCUCUUCCAAAACCACAAAAACAAGAAUCCCCACCAUUAACGAUCAACCAGUGCAGCAAUAAAGACCCCCAAAACAAGUCAACUAUCAGAUUUAAUUAAACAAAAUAGCAACUCGGUCCUCAAAAACGUGUAAAUCAACAAAUUUACCAAAACAAAAAUGAGAGUUCACUCGAAUUAAAAUUUAACUUCCUGAGGGAAGCUUUAAAAUAGUCGGGAUGCGUCACAAGGAUUAGGUCUGAUUUUGGCAAUGCGUUUUUGGAAAGCAGUGUUUCUCUGUCCAAGUGGAUACUCCUCCUCGUCGCCCCAAACUACUUCAGAUUUCCCCGACGUGCUUUUGGUCAAAGAAGAAAAUGAAGACAUAAGAAGACCUCCAAAAGGUGUGAAGAUCUUCAACCAGGGAUGGCUGCCCAGUGCACGGACCCAUUUGAAGGACACCAACCAGGUUGAUUAUUUCAUACUGCUUGUUUUUUUUUUCCUAAUUUGUAUUAAAACUGUUGUUUUCACUCUUAAAAUGAGUGAUUAUGAAAAUGAAAACUCCGUAAUGUUAAUUACAGUGGCUGUUACAAAGAUGAGGAUUCAAGGCUGUUGUAAGGAUAAUUAGACUGAAAACAAACCCUGCUAAACUCUAGUGCACGGUAUUUUGCUGUGCUUUAUUUUGAUACUCUUGAAAUGAAUGACAACAAAAAUGAAAACCCAGUAAGGAUAAUUAGACCGAAAACAAACCCUGCUAAACUCUAGUGCACAGUAUUUUGCUGUGCUUUAUUUUGAUACUCUUGAAAUGAAUGACAACAAAAAUGAAAACCCAGUAAGGAUAAUUAGACUGAAAACAAACCCUGCUAAACUCUAGUGCACAGUAUUUUGCUGUGCUUUAUUUUGAUACUCUUGAAAUGAAUGACAACAAAAAUGAAAACCCAGUAAUGUUAAUGAUGGAAACAGGAGCCGCAGUGGCUGUUACAAAGAUAGGGAUUCAAGGCUGUUGUAAGGAUAAUUAGACUGAAAACAAACCCUGCUAAACUCUAGUGCACAGUAUUUUGCUGUGCUUUAUUUUGACCUUGUAGACCAGUUUAGCAUUUCUAUUGAUUGUAAGUUGUGCAUUGUGCUGUGAGCUAGCGCAGCAAGUACAACCUGAAGAUAUAAGAAGAUCUCAAAAGGUGUGAAGAUCUUCAACAAGGAAUGGAUGCCCAGUGCACAGACCAGGUUGAUUUUUUUCAUACUGCUUGUUUUUUUUUCUUAAUUUGUUUUGAAACUGUUGUUUUCACUCUUAAAAUGAGUGAUUAUGAAAAUGAAAACCCAGUAAUGUUAAUUACAGUGGCUGUUACAAAGAUAAGGAUUCAAGGCUGUUGUAAGGAUAAUUAGACUGAAAACAAACCCUGCUAACCUCUAGUGCACAGUAUUUUGCUGUGCUUUAUUUUGACCUUUUAGACCAGUUUAGCAUUUCUAUUGAUUGUAAGUUGUGCAAAGUGAUGUGAGCUAAGUCAGCAAGUACAACCUGAAGAUAUAAGAAGAAUGAUGUGGCCAUCGGCAUCAGCGUGGUGACACGAGAAAGACAUGGAAGAAGCAGGGUGAAGAUGUCUGCGCUACACCUGGACCAGUACCCAGGUAGAAGAAAACCUCUGAACAGGGUCUGUUUUUUUCUUCUUUUUACAUUUGACUUAAAAUUGAUCACACUCCAAAAAAACACUAAUGAUAAAAUGUUUUUUAGUCUGGAGUGACAUGAAAACGAAAAACAAGUAAUGUUAACUUUGAUGCAGUGGCAGUAACAGCUGUCAAAACUGUAAGGAUAACUAUGCUGAAAAUGAACCCAGCUAAACUUGUCAAGUGCACAGUUUUCGACUGUGCUUUAUUGAUUUGUCCAGCUAAACUUCAAUUCUUUAAUAGUAUUAGGAUCAUGCUAAUGUUAAAAUGCAAAAACCUCAAAAGUUAUGACGAGAAGAUCCAGAGGAACUACAAGAAGGACAACGAGAACUUCAAGAACAGCAUGACAACGUUGACAUGGCUUUUGCUGUAAGGUUGGUCAUCUUUCUGAGGGUAGGUGAACAUCUCCUUGUUUGUGGAUGUGAUCAUCUUGAUUUAAAACUCAAAAAAAAAAAAAAAAAAAAAGGUUUGAAGGGUGUUUUCCAAAACUUGAUCUCAAAUCCAGAAACAAGGUUCAAAAGGUUGCUUUUCAUGACUUGAUCCAAACCCAGAAAUAGGUUCUCAACGUGCUUUCAAAGACCUGAUUUCAAGCUCUACAAAGAUUUGUAGAAGUUGCUUCCAAAGACUUGAUCUUAAAAACAAAAAACAAGGUUUAAAAGGUUUAUUUCAAAAAUUGUUUCUUGAACAAGCAAAGACGGUAUGUUAAAAGGUCUGGUCUCAAAAGGUAUGACAAAAGCACCUUUUUAAUUUGACAAAAGCACCUAAUCUAACAAGAGCACCUUCAAGCCUAAAAAUAAAUUGCCUCUACUCAAUCAAAAAUGGCCUAAACCAAACAAUCAACGCUUUUUCUCAGCAGCACUAUCACGGAGAACAAGAAGACCACUCAGAAGAACCAAAGGAGUAGAAGAAGACCUGAUGUGGGCCUUUGUGUCAACGCCGAAACCUCUGAACAGGACUGGGUCUGUUUUUUUUCCUUUUACAUUUGACUUAAAUAUGAUGAUCACACUCCAAAAAAACCCUAAUGAUAAAAUGUUUGUUUUACUCUGGAGUGACUUGAAAACGAAAAACCAGUAAUGUUAACUUUGAUGCAGAGGCAGUAACAGCUGUCAAAACUGUAAGGAUAACUAUGCUGAAAAUGAACCCAGCUAAACUUGUCAAGUGCACAGUAUUCGACUGUGCUUUAUUGAUAUGUCCAGUUAAACUUCUAUUCUUUCAUAGUAUCAGGAUCAUGCUAAUGUUAAAACUGCAAAAACCUCACGAAUUAAGACCAACAGAUCCAGAGGAACUACAAGAAGGACGAGAACUUCAAGAACACCGUGACAACAUUGACAUGGCUUCUGCUGUAAGGUUGGUCAUCUUUCUGAGGGUAGGUGAGCACCUUGCUUUGGAUGUGAUCAUCUUGAUUUAAAACUCAAAAGGAGGUUUGAGGGGUGUUUUCCAAAACUUGAUCUCAAAUCCAGAAACAUGGUUCAAAGGGUGCUUUCAUGACUUGAUCCAAACCCAGAAAUAGGUUCUUAAGGUGCUUCCAAAAGACUUGAUUUCAAACCAAAAAACAAGGUUCCAAAGGUGCUUUCAAAGACUUGUUCUCAACCCAGAAACAUGGUUCAGAAGGUGCUUUCAAAAGACUUGUUCUCAGACAAAAGGGUUUAAAAAAGGUGCUUUCAAAAGACUUGUUCUUAAACUCAGAAACAUGGUUCAGAAAGUGCUUUCCAAGGUAUGAUUUCAAAACAAAAAAAAUUCUAAAAAGGUGCUUUUCAAAAACUUGAUCUCAAACCAAAAAGGCUUGAAAGGUGCUUUAAAAAUCUUUCUCAAACCAAAAAAGGCUUGAAACGGUGCUUUCAAAAUCUUGAUCUCAAACCAAAAAAGGCUUGAAAGGUGCUUUCAAAAUCUCUCAAACCAAAUACAAGGUCCAAAGGUGCUUUAAAAAACUUGAUCUCAAACCAAAAAUAAGGUUCUAAUAAGGUGCUUUCAAAGACUUGUUCUCUAACAAAAAAGGUUCAAAAGGUGCUUUCAAAGACUUGUUCUCAAACAAAAGGGUUUAAAAGGUGCUUUCAAAAACUUGUUCUCAAACCCAGAAACAUGGUUCAGAAGGUGCUUUUCAAGGUAUGAUUUCAAACAAAAGGUUCUUUACAAAGGUGCUUUUCAAAAACUUUAUCUCAAACCAAAAAAGGUUCAAAAGGUGCUUUCAAAAACUUGAUCUCAAACCAAAUUCAAGGUUCGUAAAGGUGCUUUAAAAGACUUUAUCUCAAACCCAGAAACAAGGUUCUGAAGGGUGCUUUCAAAGACUUGUUCUCAAAAAAAGGCGUCAAAAAAAGGUGCUUUCAAAGACUUGUACUCAAACCAAAAAGGGCUUGAAAGUUGCUUUUCAAGGAUUGAUCGCAAACAAACAAAAAGGUUUGAAAGGUGCUUUCAAAGAUUUAAUUAAAAAAACAUUUUUUUUAAAAAGUUUUUUCAAAGCCUUAGUCUCAAACCAAAAAAGCUUCAAAAGGUGCUUUCAAAUACUUUACCUCAAACCCCAAAAAAGUUUUAAAAGUUGCUUCCAAGGACUUGAUCUUAAACCCAAAAUACAAGGUCUUAAAAGGUGCUUAAAAAAACUGGUUCUUAAACAAGCAAAGACGGUAUGUUAAAAGUCUGCUCUCAAAAGGUCUGUCAAAGCAACUUCAGCAAAAUCACUAUCAACCAAAACUAAGUUUCAAAACUACCAACAUCGCAACAACCGUCAAAGUGCUUCCAAAGGAUCCAACGGAAACAACAACAAGACAGCAACGUUUGCACAUUGUUUCUAUCAGAUGUAACUGUCAACAGUAAACAGAAUGAGGACAAUAAACAAACUGUGUAGAUCCUCCAACUGUUUUUGUUAACUGUAGUUUUUCUUAUUUUUAUUUAUUCUUUGUAUUUUUGUGAACCUUUGAAUCUCUGAAAUGGAAUCCUUGAACUGUGCUUGUCAUGAUCUGCAUGUGUUGUACAUUUUUUUUUUUUUAAACUUAUUUAUUUUCUGUAUGUUUGGCCAUGUUUCUUUGGGUGCAUAUGUAUGUCUGCUUUCCUCCGAACCUAAGCAGGUCUGACGAGGUGACCACCCUUUUCCUGGAGGAACUGUUGCCACAGAAACUCAAAGUGCCGCCUUCCUGUUCCGUCUGGGAAAUCCAAGGGUGGUCAUCUUGUUGAAGGUAAGAUGAACUUUCCAUUGUGGUAACGUUAUGUUUUCACCAAAGUAACCACAAGAAAGCAUGUAAGAAACCAGGUCCUGCAUUCUGAUAACUUCAUCCAAAUUCAGUUUAAAACUGAUUUUCUAAUGCUGCACCUCACCUUCACUGUUUUUAAGUCGAGUAUUUUCUGCAUUUGUAUGUGUGUCUCUCUCCUUUUCCCCAACCAUCACAGAAGUGAGCAUCUUCAGUGUUGAACCUGGCAACCACCAAUGUCUUCAGGAAGGAUCUAGAUCACCUCUAAAGAGACAAAGUCAGACAUCCUUGUGCUGCAGGUAAGAUGAGACAGGGAACACCACACUGUCCUAUUGUCACCCAAAAGUCUGAAUGCUUCAACUCCAGAAACAACUUUUCUCUGAUCAUUAAUCGUUUUCACAAAGGCGCAAGGUAACGUGGGUGUGCUUCAGCUGUUUUCCCAAAGUUAAGGCCCACCUAAGCUCGAUCUUUGCCUGUUUUUAUGUUGAUAACAUGUAAGGCUGGGUCAGUGUUUCCAAAGAUGCAACAACACAAGGUUCAACAAUCAAACCAAAAACAAGGUUUAAAAAGUGUUUUCAGCCACACAACCACAAACCAACAAGGUUCACAACGAUGCUUUCAAAGACAAUAUGGAAACGAACAACAUGGUUCAUGAGGUUCUUUCAGGGACAUGAUGGUAACACAAACAAGGUUUAAAUGGUGCUUUUAAUGACAAAAGGGCAAAUCAACAAGGUUUAAAUGGUGCUCACAUGGACACAAUGGUAAUACAAGGUUUAAAUGGUGCUUUCAAUGACAAAAGGGAAAACCACCAACAAGGUACAAAACGUGGUUCUAACUCAAAAGCUUAACGACAACAGUCAAAAAAAUCAAGAAAUGCUGAAAACACUAAAUAAAAACCAAACCAAAAAAAAAGACGAUUCACAACCAACCAGAGAAUGGUUCAGCAUCACUCAAGGUUAAAAAAGGGUUUUAUGACUUUAAAAAGGUUAUUUCUGUUUUCAUGAAACUUGGUUGACACAAAAAACUGCAAAAAUGUCAGUUGCAAGUUUUACCAAAUACUUGCUGAGCCCACCAGUAAAAAAAAAACAAAACAAAAUCCAAUACGCAAAAAGCAAAACAACAAGUCUUAAGGAAACAACAAAUCAGCAAAGUUCACUCAGUUCUCCAAAAGGAAACCAACUCAACAAGUACAACCUCAACGUCAACUACAACUUCAGGCCUCACCCACAUCUCCUCUACAGCUUCAACUAACAUGAGGGGGACAAUGAACUGUUACCAUAAAAUGUCUGGGGUUUUUUUUUUUGGUUUUUUUGAGUUUUUUUUUUUUUUGUUUGUUUCUCUCUUUUUGACCCUCCAGUCUGUAAAAAUCUAAGAUGUUUGUUUCCUUUUUUUUUUUUUGUGGGGUUUUCUUUUUUGUUGUUGUUUUGUUUCUUUUUGACCCUCCAGUCUCUGUGAAAAUCUGAGAUCUGUACUUGUCAUGGUUUUUUGUGUCCUGUUAUUCUGUACGAGGUUUUUAUGCCUCCCUUUGGCUGCACAUGUAUGUCUCUGCUUUUCCCCUAAACAUGACGGAGGUGUCGAGCCGUGGCGUUGGAUGUGCUGACCACCACCAGGUCCUGGGAGGAUCUGAUGCUGCCCCACUUCGAUGAGCUGCUCCUCCAUCCAGACUGGGAAGUUUUUAAGAGUCACCGUCAAGCUGAAGGUUUCUGAAGUUCUCUUUUAAUGAUUUUGAGAAACUUUUCAAAGUUCUUGUAGUUGUUUUCACCGAGGUCCAAACACUCCAGCUCUUCUGGGGGUUUGUAGACGCCCAAGAGAAAAUUGAUUUUAAAUCUGUCUGUUGAAUCUUUUAAGUCUGUUUCCAAUGUAGUGACCCAUCUUUCUGCUUCUCCAAAAUCUAUCUUGUGUUGUUACAGUCUACAUCCAAGAAGAUCCUGGCAGACCCCAUCACCUGCUGGACUCUGAGCUCCUGCAUACUGGGUUACAGGUGAGCAUGGAGUACAGAUUGCACCACCUACAAAAAAACGGAUGGAUCUUCUUCAUUCUGGACCCCUUUAACUGAAGUCUGCACCAGCACAGAAGCCUGCCUCUGGACACCAUCAGACUCUACCAGAUGCCGUGGGCACCAUCCCCAAGAAACCGGUACAUAAAACAGAGAUAAUGAUUCACUUAUAGGUUAAAAACUGUGCCGGUCUAAAGAAUAAAUUUGUCCUUUUGUUUUAGGACUACACCGAGACGUCAAUGACCCCCUCUUGCUCCAGGACCCGGCUGAAGAAUGAAGACAAAGACAAAGACUUGGUCCCCUGAUUGGAGGUAAGUCAAUCUUUGCGAGUGGUCUUGCUUGUUUCAGUCAAAGUUUUACGGUGAUAAAUUGAUGUUAACAGUCCACUAACUGGAUCUGAUCCCUGUCUACCUUCUGUAGUCACCACCCUGCAGGUGGACUUCCUGUCUCACUGUGAGCCCAUAGACCUUCAACCUCGCCCAGAAAACCCUUACUCAGGACAUGGUGAGUGCGCCUUUCUCUUUCAGGCUCUACUUUGAGGAGCACACAUGAGCAGCUCUCUUAAAUCCUUUUAACAGAUGAGUCCGUUAAGAUGAUGAUAGUUGGAUGUUUUUACUCGAUGUGCACAGAUAAACCUCCACAACCCAUGAAGAGUGCAAGCUUUGCUAUGUCACUGUCACUUUAUAGAUCUCCUCCACCUUUAUAUCGCUGACAUUAUCAGUAUUAUUGACAUUAUAGGAUUAUCACUGAGACCUUUUCUGACCGAUAGAAAACUAAAUGAAAACGAGGCAGAAUAUUCACUCAUGACAGUUUUCUUCAUUUACAGGAGGAUACUCGAGUCUCGACUGAGGACCCAGUGAUGAAGAUGGAUGACCUGUCUGUGACACAAGGGUCAUAGAGGAUAGUUCUGUACUGAUGAAUCUAUUAUAAAUUAUUCAUCUGUUUGACCAGAUGAUGUGUUGUUAAACUUGCUAACAUUUGAGUUUCUUUGGUGCAAACCUGUAAGAUCUACAGCUAGUAGAGUCUUCUUACAAUUGUAACCAGGUGGUUUUUGUGUUGUACUGAAUUUGAUUUCUCAUUAUAUUUGUAAAACUAAAUGUUUAAUCUGAGCUUCAUUUAUGGCUUAAACUUUGUUAAAUGGAGGCUGAAACUGUGACAGCAUAUAGAGAGCUUUUUGUCCACUGGGGUUUUUUUUCCUGCAAUAUUUGUCCCCAGCUGGUUUUUCAUCUCUACCUCCACCAAACUCACUUUGUACACAAAGCUUGUCUUAAAUGUCAUCUUUUUGGAUGCACAUAUUCUAUUUUGCUCAUAUUGCUUUGUCUUUAUUUUGUUCAUUUUUCUGUCAUGCUUUAUUCCUCUCUCUGCUCCAUGUUUUUUUGCAUUUGUAUUACACAUAUAACUAACUUUUCACAUAUUUUGUCUGAGUCAAUAACUCUCUGACGGUGAAAUACCGUGAUUGUGUUUGGUAAAACUUGUCAACUUGACUGUUUUUAAAUAAAGUUUUGUUUAAAUGGAAUCAAAAACUUUUCUCUGGAGGUCAGUUUUUUAUUUUGAUAACAUGCACAGUAGGUUAGAAAGUUUUAAAAUCAGACGUGAACACUUUUAAAAUCAGUUCUCUGGCAAAAUUGAGACGAGCCUUAAUGUUCUUUUGGUCAGCAGUGGUUUCCGUCUUGUGACUCUGUCAUGCAGGCUGCUUUUGCCCAGAGUCUCUUAUGGUGGAGUCAUGAACACUGACUUUAACUGAGGAAAAUGAGGUCUGCAGGUCUUUGGAUGUUUUUGUUGUUGUUUCGUGACCUCUUGGAUGAGUAGUUGUUGUGCUUUAGAAAUGGCUUUAUAACCUUUUCCAAACUGAUAGAUUUUAAUUUCUUUCUCUCAUUUGUUCCUGAAUUUCUUUAGAUCUCAGCAUAAUGUCCAGCUUUUGAGGAUCUUUUAGUCUACUUCACUUUGUUGUCAGGCAGGUCCUAUUUAAUGGAUUUCUUGACUGAGAACAGGUGUGACGUUAAUCAGGCCUGGGUGUGGCUACAUUGAACUCAGGUGUGAUAAACCAGUUAUAUUUUAACAGGGAAGGAAAUCCCUAUUAGUUCAGAUUUUUUUUUCUCCUUUAAUGGUAAAAACCUUUUUUUAAAAACUGGAUUUUGUGUUCACUUAGAUUUGUUUGAAGAUCUGAAACAUUUAGGUGUGACAAACGUAGGAAAAAAAAAAGAAAAGAAAUCAGGGGACAAACACUUUUUCAUACCACUGAAUAGUUAGAUAUAUAAAGUUACGCUAACUUAAUGAGAAGCACUCUGGUUUUCUUUCUGCAUAUUUUUUACUUUAGAGAUUUAUUCAAACUUGGGUCCUGUUUGUACGUACCCGGUUAUUUUUAAAAACAAAGACAUUAACCAUCAUUUGCACCCUUCGUUUGGAUGCAAACAGAGGAUUCGCCCCUGAAAAAGAUACUUUUUAAAAACUCCGUUAGCACGUUUGGAUGUAAACAGAGAAAAAUGGAGAUUUGGUUAGCUGAAGGCAGAUUGUGUUUUUUUAAUCGCUAAGUGGCAUGUGAAAACCCUGAAUUUCAUCUGAAUUUUACAAUCCUUUGGGCUUUUAUUCUCAAAAUGUUAACUUGACACUUCCAACUACCAUCUGGCAAGUGAUGCCAAGUGAGGUUCUUUGGAUGUUGUUGUGGGUCUUUUGUAAACCUCUUUAGAAAUGGCUUUACAACCUUUUCCAGACUGAUAGAUCUCAAUGACUUUUGUUCUCAUUUGUUCCUGAAUUUCUUUAGAUCUCAGCAUAAUGUCCAGCUUCUGAGGGUCUUUUGGUCUACUUCACGUUGUCAGGCAGGUCCUAUUUAAUGGAUUUCUUGACUGAGAACAGGUGUGGCGUUAAUCAGGCCUGGGUGUGGCUAAAUUAAACUCAGGUGUGAUAAGCCAGUUAUGUUUGAACAGGGGGAGGCAGUCCAUUUGAUUCAGAUUUUUUUCCUUCCUUAAUAAUAAAACUUUCAUUUAAAAACUGCAUUUUGUGUUCACUUGUGUUUACUUUGACUUAUACUGAAAUUUGUUUGAUGAUCUGACACAGGAAAUGUGUGGAAGAAAAAAAGAGCAUUAACUCGCUCUAUCCAAGUUCUAUCCAAGCGUUCACAUUAGCGACGGUAUCCCGUCCUGCGAUAUUGCGGCAUUUAUUUUUUCGCUUCACGGUCGACUUUUCAAAAGUUUCACCUGUCCAUCAGUUUUUAAAAAAAAUGAUAUUACUGAAUUCUGAAGUUGAUGUAAAAUCCUCCCCAUUAUUUUCUGUUUAAAUUUCUUAUACAUGAUUGCAUUUCUCAGCUGCCUGGGUUGGUAAAGAACUGAAAAGUUUGUAAAGAUGUCUCUUCCUUCAGCUUUGUUUAAGUCCUGUGUUUGUGUUUCUUUACCCUCAGGAGCCUCUGAGGUCAUCUUUCCCAAAGAGACAAUACACGCAGUGAUAGGAGGUAGUGUCACUCUGAGUGCACAGGUGGUUCCCUUAGAAAACCUGAUGAAUGCCAAGGUGAACGUGUCGAAAGCUCUCACUAAUGAGAUAGUUCACCUCUAUCGAGAUGGAAAGGACCACCUCGUUCAGCAGAGUCCUCAAUAUAAAACCAGAACAGCCUUAAAUCAUGCUCACCUAGAAGGAGGAAAUGUGACCCUGGACAUCUCUAAGCUGACGCUGAAUGACAGUGGAUUUUACAGAUUAACUGUAGUGAAGGGGAGUGGCAGUGAGCAGCUGAUAACUGGAUGUAACAUCACCCUCAGUGUUGGUAAGCAUGUUUUUAUUCAUAUCAAAACAACCUAAUGAAUUUCUAAAGUGGCUCAGUGUCACAGCAGAGCCUGACUCGUGAUUAUUUAAAAAGUACCCUUAUAUUUGUGUUUCAGGGGGUCAUCCAGUCUGACUACACCUCCUAAGGUCCCUGCAACUGUGCCAUUACAUCAAGGUAAUGUCUUCCUCAUCUCCUAAAGACUUGUGUUUCAUUAACCUAAUAAUCCCACACUCUCUUUAAAGCGUAAUCUGACAGUUUGAUAUGUGUGUGAGCACAGCGUCGCUCUAUCAGGAUACAUAACCUCUCUCUUCAGUGUUUGGUGCUUUACUCUAACACUUGAAGUAGUGGUGCACAUCUUUUAAUGUCACAUUAUUUCCUGCCCAUCCCUCCCAUCAGUCUGUCUCUAAUAUCUCCUUUUUAUAUCCGAAAUCUUUGAUGUUCUCAAGGGUCAUCUCUUUGUCCUCCUCCAGUUAACUCAACUCUGUAAUAUUUUCUCUUUUUUCAGAUGCUGCAAACAAAGAUCUGAUCUUGAAAAUUGUCCUUCCCCUUGCUGGUUUGGUUCUUGUUGGUCUUGCUGUUGGCAUAUAUUGCAGGCGGAAAUUGAGAAAGACAAGUGAGUUAUAAACCCUCGGUUUUACAGUGUUUUUACAUCAGUUGUCAAGUUUAACUCAAACACUCAUGUGACUAAAACCUUGAGGCGGUAAAACCUUCACAACUGCCUUUUAAACAAAACGUUCUUUCUGCUCCAGUAAAGAUGUCUCGCAGACAAAGCUGCUCUACAGAGUUUUCUGAAGUAUCUCUCAACCUUGAAAGAGAGAUUAGCCUGCAGAAGAAAAUCUGUCUGUCUUGAGAACAUUUUCUGGAAAAUUUCCCCUUAACUGUAAUGAUUUAUCUAAGCAAACACAAAAAAAUGCAAAGUGUGCCAAAAAUGUCCAGAGCUGCACGUCUUUUAAUUUUUAGUCAUAAUAUGAUUCAUAUUGAUAUCCUGGUUCUGUAAUCUGCAGUGCUUUCUUAAUCCAGAGUCUGUUUUCUCACAGAGACACUACGAGCCGAGUCUGGACCAGAAAGCCAUGAGAUGGAAAGACUGGAUCAACAACCAGCAGAGAGGGAUGGAGAUGCACACAACGAAGAAAAUGAUCUGAAAGAGUGUGUGAUCCUGAACAACAAACAUCCAUGACCUCCUAAUGUUAACUUAAGUUUUCCUUACCAUUCAAUUUAUUCAAAAGCGUGUGCCUUUAAUGAUUUUAUUCGGGCUAUUUAGAUAAGCCAAAAACAAUAAUCCUCUGAUUCAGAAUAUUAGCUGUCCUGAAAAUAUAAUGUUCUCUACCAUGACAGCUUACUGUACAGUUUAUAUACCCAAGUACACUGCUAUGUUUGCAUUUUGGGACACAGAACGACAGUUUGGUGCUCCAUUUGACGUGUUGUCAUGAUCCAAUAGUCGUGUUUUUUUAAAUAUGAGAUCAUAUUUCUUCCACUUUAAAAAGCUAAUAAGCGGAUGGGAUGCAUUCUACGGCACAACACCGGAGGAGAGCAUCGAAUACAUGUGACUCCUUAUAUUUGAUGCCGUGUCCCGUUGACAAAUGUUGAAGCAUGUUGCUGGGGUUUCCGCCUUUGCACGUUAUCACUGCUCGACAAAUGUUGCACUGUUGUCAUCUUCCUUAGUAAAGUUAAGCCACGCUUUAGUUUAUCUCUGCCGACUUUUCGUAUCGUUCGCCAUGAUUUUUCUUCUGUCUCUGUUCCUGUUCGUGUAGACUGGCACUCGCGACAUCGUUUUUCAAGGCACCUGGAAGAAAGGAAUCAUUAAGACAAAACAUAAAUGAUGUCGAUGGAUUGAACCAUUUGGAAACGGUUCUCGAUUCCCACCCCCCAUCCAAUCUUUCUCAACCAGAGAAAUUAGAAAGCUAAGUUCCUUUAUCCUUUUAAAUUUUAAAACGGGAAAUGAGACUUCCAGGUUCCUUUUUCUUCUUUUGAAAGUCUUUUAAAAACACAUUCCUUUAAGUGCAAUUUUACCGGGCCUGAGCUUUUCACCCAGCUGUAGCAUCUUUUUAAUUUAUUAUGAGAGUUUUGUUUUGAUAAAUGUUGAAAUACUUUUGUUUUUGCCUGUUCUAAGUUCUGUAGAAUUUCAUUGUCCUUCCUGUUAUGUCUAGUUUAUGUUGUAAAGCAUCAUGGCAUUAGGUUUGGAAAAGUGUUGUCUAAGGGAACUUAAGUAUUAUCAAACAACACCAGAGCAAGUGCAGCUCUGUAUUUAUUUAUUUAUUUAUUUAUUUACACUAAAGGGACUACUGUUAGAUAUCAUUUUACAUAUGUGUCCCUGAGGUUUGUAACAAACUGUGACGGUCCUACUCACUGUUGGGAGUUAUACUUAAGGUUUAAAUGUCCACCCCUGCCAGAUAGACAACCUGUCCUGUCUCUGUCUCUGGUGCUUUACUUUUGGCCAACAAAGCCAAUUCUGAUUACUGUAUUUGUGGACAUGACUGGCAUUAGAUGAAACUUCCUAUUUUUACAAUCUUUGGAAGAAUCAGCCCCAACCUGAAGAUCAAAAUCAAAUAAAAUAUUGAUGAAGACAUGUUUGUGAUCUCUGCUUCCACGUUUUUCUAUCCUUAUGUAGAGGUUAAUGUUAUGGUACACUUCUGCUGCUUCUGUCUGAUUUGGUUGACUCAAAAUGACAUGACGUAGGGCUACUAUCAACAGCUACUAGUUAUAGUCGAAUGACCACAGGCCAUUCAUCCUUAAUUUGACAAAAUGUCACCCUUCAUCCAGGCCAAAACUUUAGCAUAUGUCUCUGCUCUAUUUCUUUUCAGUGAUUUAAAAAAGACCAGCAUUAGGAAUCAGUACAAACUCAGAAACCAAACUAGAAAAGAGCUACAAACAUUCAGCACAAACCUGGUUGUUUUUUGAUAGGAAAUAUAUAUUUGAAAUGUAUUAGAUGGUUUGAUGGCUCAUGAUGAUAAAUAUCUUGGUACAAUAGUCACAAUCAAAUGACUCUAAAGAGUAUUUGAUGCUUAAAUGGAAAUAUCCAUAUAAAUCCAAUAAAUCAAAAUAUCCAUAAUUUUACUUUUUUAAGGCUGUUUGAUGUUAUUGGGCCUGACCCUUCUUGUACCUUACAUAUUUUAUAAUCGGUGUAAAUCUGUAACAAAUUCUCCACCAUUGUCUUUUUCUGGUGGUUCCAGUUUUUUGUGUUGUAUUUACGUAGACCCACAAUAUAACACUAAAAGUAAAAAGCUUAAAUCGUACUGAUCAGACCCAAAUAAAAUACUUUAAACAACAAUAUCUCAACAACAGGAUUUUAGAACCAAAGACUGACACGAAACACUGAUCUUACAACACUAACAAACACAAGUUCCUGGGAAAUUAAAAUAUACAUAUUUUUUUUAUCCAACAUCAAAAUCAAAAAUUUCCAAUAAACUUUUAACAUUUAGGUUUUAUGUAAAGCUUAAGCUCUGCAAACGUUUAGCAUUGAAAUUACUGUUAAACAUUUUGAUUUAUCUUAUAACGUCAUUCCUAUCACAUGAUACUUAUCACGUAAUUUCGUGAUAUUGGGCCUUUCCUUUUUUUAUUUUUAUUUAUGUAUUUCUUUAUUUUGGUGUGGCAGCAAUACGCUUCCGUACAGGGGAGGGAUGGUAGCAGUGAAAAUGAACCCUGCUGUUGUAGGCCCACCAAAGCUCCCGUGGGGAGGUUUUUGUCUGUGUUGUUCUGGCGUGUUGAACGUGUCAGUAUUUUCAUCAGCAUUUUGAUUUGCUUCUGUAUGUCACCAAGAUACAUUUUCAUGUCAGCCUGUUUUAUAAUCUUAUGUCAAGAUCUUUCAAUACAAAAUUAUGUAGGCUUGCCUAUUUAUAAUCUUGCCUCAGAGUCAAAAGUUACUGAGGCUAUAUGCUCGACAAAAAUGAGGGACAAGUAUAAAUAGACAGCAAAUAGACUUCAAAUGAAUAACAACAACAUGUGCGCGUCCAAAUGUCCAGCUCCGUGAACGACAUAUGAGUCAGAGAAAAAAUAACCUUAAUACUGUGCAGGCUGUAAUAUUAUUGUAACUUUGUUCCCACCUGGUGGUUCAUUCGCGCAACUGUAGCGAAAGGGUCUCAAAAAACCCGCGCAAAAAAACCCGGGAAAAUAGAGGACUGCGUCACCUGAUUCAUUACCAUAGACAUAAUAUACGUAGACGCCUCAAAACCUGCCUACCAGAGCUCACGUAUCAGCGCGGCCGCCAUCUUGGAUGGGUCCCCCAUGUGUCUCCACUGCCUAAGGUAGGUAGAAAUGUCAAACCAUAUUGACAAUAACUCUCCGAAUUCCUGCCCGAUUUUCACACUGCUCGGUUUGUUACAACGGCAGGGAUGUAGCCAUAAUACAGGACAAUGUCACACAUUUAAAAUAAACCAGAUUACUUAUAAAUUCUUAUUGUGAAAUGUGAUCCUACGUGAUCUGGUUUAAAUACUGCGUUGGAUUUUUCAACCAUAGAGCGCAAAAAUAUGGGCAAAGUCGCUUGUUCUCCAUUGACUCCAUUUGGCCCUUGAGCGAACCUGGAGUGAGGAGACCCAUCCAAUAUGGUAGCGACGCCGGAUUACGCUCCAGCACGUAAUGAGGCAUCUACGUAUAUAAUGUCUAUGGAACAUUACAGUCAGGCAGGCCAGGCGAGCAGACGGUUACCUUCACAUGUGGACCACUUUAACGUCUAAGGUAAUCAGUUUUUAAAAACCAACACUUAUGAGAAGGUUAGGGGGUUGUAUGUAGAACUUAGUUACACUUGUAAAGUUAAACAGAUUUUUGCAGUUUCAAGGUCAGAACUAUUGAAAAGCAGAACUUUUAAACCUAAAGCUUUUGCAGCAGCGUUUCCUGGCAUCUCAGUUGGUUUCAGGGAAACUUUUUACUUUCAUGAAUGAAAAAUAAUGUGUAUUGAAGGAGAAAAGGCAGUAAAAACAACCUACUGAAAUCAGAGCUAAGCAUCAUUCUUAUUCUCUCUACUCUAUGUAGAAUUUCUUUAAUUUUGUUGGGAAUGGAGACAUUUUAUACUAAAAACUAUGCAGUAGGCCUAUACCAUUUUAAAUCUGGAUUAGAAAAAUGCCUGGUGGAGUUACGUUUGUUUUAUAUAUAUAUAUAUAUAUAUAUAUAUAUAUAUAUAUAUAUAUAUAUAUGUGUGUGUGUGUGUGUGUGUGUGUAUAUGUACAUAUAUAUAUGUAUAUAUGUAUGUAUAGGUUAUUCCUCGUAGUUAUGUUGCAUGAAUUACUCUGAACUCCUGCUGAUUUGAAGAGAGUAAAAGUUUUACCUAAGAGCAAGUGAAUGCAGCACGGGGGUCAGGGGCGUAGCUCACUGAAACGUCAUGGUUGACGCCAUCACAACAACAACAACAGGGUAGUGUCACGCCAUGCUCUGUCGCCAAAUUAAAGAGCAUUUGCAGCACUCUGGCCUUUUAAAAGGGUAUCAAUUUCCUUCAGACUCUAAACAAAUGUAAGAAAAUAUUAUAUGGGGAAAGUAAAUGUGAUCAAUAGUGGACAGUGUGCCUGUAAGUUAGUAAGCAGACUGCCUCCAUCCCCAUACACACCUCACGAACUCAAACUCAGUCAAAUGCAUCAGGAUUUAGCCUAUUUAAUGAUUAUUUCAAAGCACUGUGUAUGUUCAGCUUCCACUAUGUUACAGAUCUGUAUUACGAAAUAACAUUUUCCUGCGGUUGCGGUCAAACUCUGGUGAUUCGCUUAAAUAAACAUGCAUCAAGAGGUUUUAUAUUUCGAUUUAAUGUUUUAAAUUUCCCGCUGUGCUACACCGGGAAUUUCAAAAUGCAGUCUGUCACAUAGAGGUGGUGCGUUUUCGGCUGUCCUGGGCCGGCCUACACCGGAUCAGAGCAGUGGGUUGAACACUGCUCCUUCACCGGAUUGGUUGUCACGCCUGUCCGUCAACAGUGGACAAAUGCUCUUUCUUCCCAGAUACAGUCGGAAGUUUGCAACAGUUGUGUGAACACCGGCGGUACAGGUGGUGGGUUCGUCGUGUUAUUAUUAUUAUUAUUAUUAUUAUUAUUAUUAUUAUUAUUAUUAUUAUUAUUAUUAUUAUUAUUGUUAUUAUUAUUAUUAUUAUUUUGACCAAAACGGAGAAGACCUCUUUUUUGAUCGAUGGCUAUCAAAGUGACUGCAGCGUUCUUUUUCUUACUGAGAGUUCUCUCGUGUGUUGCCGGUAAGUUUCAUUGCUCGGGUUCGGGGAUAUUUAUUUUCUACAUUAGCGGUAAUACUUCAAACUUUCAACCGUCGAGGACUUUCAAUAACACUGAUAAACUACGAACACAGGUCUACAAACUAAACACUCAACCCGAUAGAUGGGGAAAAAGGUUUCGGCUGUGUGUUUUACCCGCUGAAACUCACAGCCGAACCUUUUGUCACAAUCAUUCAGUGAAGUCUCAAGUUACUAGAUCUAUGCUCAUAGUCCGUCAUUCUUUAUCGACCCUGGUUCGAGAUCAGUCCCCAAACCUUAACAAACCUGCUUCAUCCUCACGUGAACAUGCAGCGAUUUUCCGAAAUUUCGCGCGUCACCGGUGUUGUGCUAGAGAAUGAAGCCCUGGCGGGAAGUAGCGUGGUUAAAAACAUAUCAAGGCGAAAUAAUCCAAGUUUUCCGUACCGUUGUAUAGAUUCAAAAGCGUGUUCCUGUAAUGAUUUUAUUCAGGCUAUUCAGAUAAGCCGAAAACAGCUCUCUGAUUUGGAAUAUUUGCUGUCCCGAAAAUAUAAUGUUCUCUACCUUGACAGCUUACUAUACAGUUUACAGUACAGGCCAAAAGUUUGGACACGCCUUCUCAUUCAAUGUCUUUUCUUUAUUUUUUAUAAGACCAUUUACAUUGUAGAUUAUCACUGAAGGCAUCAAAACUAUGAAUGAACACGUGGAAUUUUGUACUCAUAAAAAAGUGUGAAAUAACUGAAAACAUGUUUUAUAUUCUAGUUUCUUUUAAAUAGCCACCCUUUGCUCUUGAUGACAGAAGUACUUAGUGACUGACUCUGUCUGACUGACUCUGUACUUUGUGACUGACAGAGUCAGAGUCAGUCACUAAGUGACCCUGACAAGGCAUGCCUGUGAAGUAAAAACCAUUUCAGGUGACUAACUUAUGAAGCUCAUUGAGAGAACAGCAAAUGUUUGCACCGCUAUCAAAAAAGUAAAGGGUGACUACUUUGAAGAAUCUAAAAUAUAAAACAUGUUUUCAAUUAUUUCACACUUUUUUCUUAAGCACAUGAUUCCACAUGUGUUCAUUCAUAGUUUUGAUGCCUUCACUGAGAAUCUACAAUUUAAAUAGUAAUGAGAAUAAAGAAAAUACAUUGAAUGAGAAGGUGUGUCCAAACGUUUGUCCUGUACUGUAUAUACCCGAGUACACCUCUAUAUGUGAAUUUUUGAUCCAAUAUUCGUGUUUUUUUUUUUUUUUUUUAAACAUGAGAUAAUUGUUUUCCACUUUAAGGAGGUAAUCAGUGGAUAGGAUGCAGGGGACGCUUUCUAUGGCACAACACUGGCAGCAGGGUGGGGAUUGUGUCAGCUGAUGUGGAUGUUAACUCUUGAUGCCUUUGUCGGCUGCAAAUGUGAAGAGCAGAAAUAAGGCAUCAGCUUAAAAGACAAACGGGCAAAUAAAUAGAUGUGGCUGAAAGGAAAUCAUAGUGUGAACGAUUUUUCUUGGCAGAUGUGUUAUGAUACCCUGAGUUUUGGCUUUUAAAAUGAAUUCAGGUAUCUUUGCAGGUGGAUCAGCCAAAUGAUGCAUCCACAGCUGUUGUUAAGAAGACAUAACUUUAAAUACUACAUCAAACAAGUCAAAGUUAUAUGCUGGUAACAUUAUCUGACUUAAGAGAGUGCAAAAAUGACUUUGGAAGCAUUUUUCAGCAGCCAGAGUUUUUCCAGCCAAAUGAUGCUGGCACACCUAUUCAUGAGCUUAAAAAAACAAAAUAAUAUCGAAUUCUGAAGUUGAUGUAAAAUCCUCCCCAUUAUUCUCUGUUUAAAGUGCUUAUACAUGAUUGCAUUUCUCAGCUGUCUGGGUUGGUAAAAGAGCUGAAAAGUUUGUAAAGAUGUCUCUUCCUUCAGCUUUGUUUAAGUCCUGUGUUUGUGUUUGUGUUUCUUUACCCUCAGGAGCCUCUCGGGUCAUCUGUCCCAAAGAGACUAUACAUGCGGUGAUAGGAGGUAGCGUCACUCUGAGUGCACGGGUGGAUCCCUCAGUUAACCUGAAGUAUGCCAAAGUGAAUGUGUCGAAAGCUCUCACUAAUGAGAUAGUUCACCUCUAUCGACUUGGAGAGGACUACCUCCAUCAGCAGAGUCCUCAAUAUAAAACCAGAACAACCUUAAAUCGUGCUCACCUAGAAGAAGGAAACGUGACCCUGGACAUCUCUAAUCUGACACCGGAUGACAGUGGACUUUACAGAUUGACUACUUAUUGUACGUAACCUUUUAUAUUUUUAUACUUUUAUACUUUAUAUAUUUCUUGCAUGCUCUUAUUAGUUUUUUAUUCUAGUAUUUUAUAUUUUUCUCUGUUUAUUGUUGCACCAUCAUGCCAAAACUAAUUCCUAGUCUGUGAAUCCUGUUCAUCAACAAUGGCAAUAAAACCCCUUCUGAUUCUGAACUGUAGUGGAGGGGAGUGACAAGAAGCUGCUAAGAACUGGAUGUGACAUCACCCUCAGUGUUGGUAAGCAUGUUUUAAUUCUUAUCAAACCACCUAAUUAAUUUCUAAAGUGUCUCAGUGUCACAGCAGAGCCUGGCUCCCUAAUGCUUAAAAAGUACCCUUAUAUUUGUGUUUCAGUGGAUAUUUCCAGCCUGACUACACCUCCACCUGAGAUCCCCACAACUGUGCCAUUACAUCAAGGUAAGGUCUUCCUCAUCUCCUAAAGACUUGUUUUUCAUUAACCUAAUAGUCCCACACUCUCUUUAAAGAGUAAUCUGACAGAUUGAUAUGUGUGUGAGCACAGUGUCACUCUAUCAGGAUACAUAACCUCUCUCUUCAGUGUUUGGUACUCUACUCCAACACUCUAAGUAGUGGUGCACAUCUUUUAAUGUCACAUUAUUUCCCGCCCAUCCCUCCCAUCAGUCUGUCUCUAAUAUCUCCUUUUUAUAUCUGAAAUCUUUGAUGUUCUCAAGGGUCAUCUCUUUGUCUUCCUCCAGUGAACUCAACUCUGUAAUAUUUUCUCUUUUUUCUUUUUGAUCCUGCAAACAAAGAUCUGAUCUUGAAAAUUGUCCCUCCCCUUGCUGGUUUGGCUGGUCUUGUUGGUCUUGUUGUUGGCUAUCGCUGGUGGAAAUCGAGAACGACAAGUGAGUUAUAAACCCUUGGUUUCAGAGCAUUUUAGCAUCAGUUGUCAAGUUUAACUCAAACACUCAUAUGAGUACAACUUUGAGGUGGUAAAACCUUCACAACUACCUUUAAACCAAACGUUCCUUCUGCUCCAGUAAAUAUGUCUCACAGUCAAAGCUGCUCUACAGAGUUUUCUGUAGUCAUAUUAGUCAUAAUAUGAUUCAUAUUGAUAUCCUGGUUCUGUAAUCUGCAGUGCUUUCUUAAUCCAGAGUCUGUUUUCUGACAGAGACACUAGGAGCCGAGUCUGGACCAGAAAGCCAUGAGAUGGAAAGACUGAAUCAACAACCAGCAGAGAGGGAUGGAGAUGCACACAACGAAGAAAAUGAUCUGAAUGUGUGACCAUGACCGCCUAAUGUUAACUAAAGUUUUCCUUGUCUGGAAUCCUCCACUCUCAGACCAAAGCAGAUGCCUUCAUAGGGAUGGGAAUUGACAAGAUUUUAUCAAUAUCAAUGUCAUUAUCGAUUCUGCUUAUUGAUUCAAUGCUUUAACGAUUCUCUUAUCAAUGCCUUUCUUCGAUUUAGAAAAAGGGUUUUCACCGGUUAACUGAAAAUUUAACUCAGUCUCUGAUAACAGAAACGGAGGUAUGCCACCUUUAGUGAGAAACUAAAAUAAUCAAACAAAAAUGCUAUUUGUACAGCAUUUCUGGCAUGCAUUGUGCUUAUGUUAACACAAGACAUAUGUUAGGAUGACCAUAUUCUAACUCAGUUAAAGGCAUAUUCUGAAUUCCCAAAGACUGCGCAUGCAUGUGUCGCGUCAGUGGCUUUGCUUAGAAGUGGGCGGAGGGGCAGAGCUGCAGAGAGCACUGAUGCGCUGCACUGUAUAAUCAAUGGCUACACGUUCCGGACAUUUUAAGAAUUUUAUUAACUCCCCCGGACAACCCCCCAAAAGAUGUCAUGUCUGGGUAAAAGAGGACUUAUGGUCCCACUAACAUACGUACCUUCAAUGCCGUGCUGAGACGGGGCAGCAGCAGCUGACAGUGUUCAACAGGUGUUGUGCCGUAGAAUGCACCCCUGCCGUAGAAGGGACCCCUGACGGUAGCGCGGUUGAAACUACAUAACAAGGCGAAAUAAUCUAAGUUUUCCUUACCAUUCGAUUUAUUCAAAAGCGUGUGCCUUUAAUGAUUUUAUUCAGGCUAUUUAGAUAAGCCAAAAACAAUAACCCUCUGAUUCAGAAUAUUAGCUGUCCUGAAAAUAUAAUGUUCUCUACCUUGACAGCUUACUGUACAGUUUAUAUACCCAAGUACACUGCUAUGUGUGAAUUUUGGGACACAGAACGACAGUUUGGUGCUCCAUUUGACGUGUUGUCAUGAUCCAAUAGUCGUGUUUUUUAAAUAUGAGAUCAUAUUUCUUCCACUUUAAAAAGCUAAUAAGCGGAUGGGAUGCAUUCUACGGCACAACACCGGAGGAGAGCAUCGAAUACAUGUGACUCCUUAUAUUUGAUGCCGUGUCCCGUUGACAAAUGUUGAAGCAUGUUGCUGGGGUUUCCGCCUUUGCACGUUAUCACUGCUCGACAAAUGUUGCACUGUUGUCAUCUUCCUUAGUAAAGUUAAGCCACGCUUUAGUUUAUCUCUGCCGACUUUUCGUAUCGUUCGCCAUGAUUUUUCUUCUGUCUCUGUUCCUGUUCAUGUAGACUGGCACUCGCGACAUCGUUUUUCAAGGCACCUGGAAGAAAGGAAUCAUUAAGACAAAACAUAAAUGAUGUCGAUGGAUUGAACCAUUUGGAAACGGUUCUCGAUUCCCACCCCCCAUCCAAUCUUUCUCAACCAGAGAAAUUAGAAAGCUAAGUUCCUUUAUCCUUUUAAAUUUUAAAACGGGAAAUAAGACUUCCAGGUUCCUUUUUCUUCUUUUGAAAGUCUUUUAAAAACACAUUCCUUUAAGUGCAAUUUUACUGGGCCUGAGCUUUUCACCCAGCUGUAGCAUCUAUUUAAUUUAUUAUGAGAGUUUUGUUUAGAUAAAUGUUGAAAUACUUUUGUUUUUGCCUGUUCUAAGUUCUGUAGAAUUUCAUUGUCCCUCCUGUUAUGUCUAGUUUAUGUUGUAAAGCAUCAUGGCAUUAGGUUUGGAAAAGUGUUGUCUAAGGGAACUUAAGUAUUAUCAAACAACACCAGAGCAAGUGCAGCUCUUAAUUUUUAUUUUUUUUACACUAAAGGGACUACAGUUACAUUUCAUUUUACAUAUGUGUCCCUGAGGUUUAUAACAAACUGUGACGGUCCUACUCACUGUUGGGAGUUAUACUUAAGGUUUAAAUGUCCACCCCUGCCCGAUAGACAACCUGUCCUGUCUCUGUCUCUGGUGCUUUACUUUUGGCCAACAAAGCCGAUUCUGGUUACUGUAUUUGUGGACAUGACUGGCAUUAGAUGAAACUUCCUAUUUUUACAAUCUUUGGAAGAAUCAGCCCCAACCUGAAGAUCAACAUCAAAUAAAAUAUUGAUGAAGACA